AUGCCACAUUUUAAAGUUGGGGAAUAUAUGAAAAAGUGCAAAGAAGUGCGCAAUGCGGGUUUCAUGACAAAGAGAAACCUUAGAGACGCUCAAGCAGAAGUUUCUCAGUUAGAAAUGGAGCUACAGAGGAAAGAUAAACUAUUACGAGGUUUACAAGAACGAAAGAGACGCAUGGAUGCCAAGGUAUGGACUUCAUUAGUAUAUUCUUGUUUACUUGUUGUAUAGUUUUAAAGGGCAUUAUAAUAUGCAACAUGAGCAGUCGUAAUGUAUAAUUUUAUAGGUACAGUCACAGAGCAUUUAUAUUUACAGGUUUUUUCUGCAGAUGAUAUGUUGUGUAUUGAAUAUACAGCUUAUUUUUAUUACUUAUAUGUACUGUAGAUUUCCAAUUUGGAAGAUGAGGUUGAUAGCUUGCCAGAGAAGUCCAGGUUUACCCAGUGUAGCAUUCUAUCAGAUAGAGCAGUGGAGAGUAGAAAGAAACAUCCUACAAGGUUUCAAAAUAAGAAAUUCUCAUCUAGUUUAUCUGUACAGAGACAGAGAAGAAAAGAAACAUUUGCUGCAGCUCAAAAAAUUCAUGGUGGAAGUGAAGAAACAGAAGUACCGGGAGCAAUAGGGAUUGUGGACACAGCAUUGGUUAAGUGUAGUCAGAGUAUUUUAGUAGAUGUAAUGUCGGUUAAUCAAAAGUUUAAUCAAUCAGUUAUGCCUAGUAUUUACAAGCCUAAGUUAGGAGAAUUUGAGGCUUCCACUGAAAACAUGAUUCGCAGCGUUUCAGUAUAUUAUAGCGGUGGUGUAGCCGGAAAAAAAAAGUAUAGAAAAAUAUACAAAGAUUCCAGCUACAAGAUUGCUAUGCAAAGUAAGGGUAAAAAACGUGUUCGGCUAUCCGUCAAUAAUUGUCCCAUCCCUAGGCUUGUGCCAUAUAACAAAUUAAUGCCUUUUAUCAAGUCUAUACCAGUAGGAUCUAUAUAUAGUGUAUAUGAAACACUUUGUGAAGGUCUUGAUGAGGAAUACAAAGUACAUGGUUGUUAUAGGAAUUUGGCAGAAUUGUUCAUAAAGUUGGCAGAAUUUUAUUUAAGCGGUUGUAGUGGUCACACACUUGUGUGGUUUGAGGAAGAAUACAAGUUUUAUGUUUCCCUGGGUGGUGAUGGGGCGCCUUUUGGGAAACAUGAUACUGCAUGUGCGUGGUUGGUUGGAUUUUUGAAUAUUGGCCGAGGAAUUUUGAGUAGCAAUGAAAACUUUUUGUUAUUCGGUGCUAAUUGUUCAGAAAAUUGCAUUCCAGUUCAACGUUAUAUUAAGAUGCUAGUGUCUGAUGUACAACACCUUGAACAGCAAACUUUUAAAUGCACAUACAUUACAUCAGAAAGCCAGACAUGUACAGUUGAUAUCAAAUUUCAUAUCUCGGAAUUCCCUAACGAUUUGAAGAUGGUUGCAUUUUUGUGCGGUGAGUUGACUAAUAGUGCCACAUAUUUUUGCUCAUUUGCCAAUGUUUCUAGCAAAGAUGCCACUGAUUUAAACGGCCAGUUUGGCAAGGAAAAAGACAAAAAAUGGCAUCCGUGGAAUUAUUCGGAAAGGGUACAAGUAGCCAAAAGUGUUGAAACGUUCAAGCAGACUGUCGCAAAGCAAAAUAUAGCAGAAAGUACUAAGCGAUCCAAAGUAACUAAUUUCAUAGCCGGCAAAAGAAGUAGGCAAGAAUUUAAACCACUCCUAGGCCCAGUGGUUGAUAGGAUCCAUAUUGAUCCUUUGCACCUAAAAAAUAAUGCAUGUGCACUAGCCCACAGGCUACUUCUACAAGAGGUAUUACUGAUUUCUCAAUUACCCAGUGCAAUAAAAUCAUUUUUGCAGGUUCCCAGCACUUCGCCAUUUCACAAAUAUAUUGAUGCAAUGAGAACUAAGUGCAAUCUUAGAAGACUUGCAAACCAAAUUAUUAGGUGGUUCAAUGAAAACCGAGAUAGCAAGUUUGAUUAUAGAUUCACCGGAAAAGAUUCUCGGUGCUUUUUGCAGAACUUCAUGUUUCUAAUUGCUGCUAUGGAACCAUUUUUGAAAGAUAAAACACUAAGGCAUUGUUUACAUUUCAUGUACUUGCUUACUUGUGUUUAA